AGCAUACCAAACAAAGGAUUCGCAAUAUGUAUUUCGUAAGCGAAUGAUCGGACUUGACCGGCCGGACCAACCUAUAAACUCUACACAGAUGCUCGAACAGCCGUCACCCUCCCAAACCCGCCAUAGCCAAUUGAUCAACCAGUCUGGUCGAUCCGCUUACCGAGACUUGGCGAGAGGAGGGUAUGGGAGCGAAUUUUUCUUGAUUUUCAAACUGUGCCAGUGCUUCUGUAUCUUUGCAGCCAAUAGCUUAGAUAAUCUCGGUGAGGAUAUUCUAACGCGGGGAGAAGAUAUAGAGCAAGAGAUCGAGGUUGCGAAUUCGUUAGUGGGCGCGUGACGCACGAUCAUGCUGUGACGUCACAUUGUCCAUUCCCGGAUUCUUUGGAUUACAAAGAUAAUUGACUUUGUGCACGCGAUUAAUUUUUUAGACGUGACUAAUUGACUUUUUGUGCAUCGAAUUGUGUCUGUUUGAUAUAUUUCGUUGAAAUGACAGAACUUCACGCUGAAGGAUGGAUAUAGGCAUAUUCUUUCGGUUAUUUCUGACCGUUUGUUUGGUGGUGAACGGAAUUGUGGCCAAAACUGGAGGCGGAACGCACACGGCGAGAAAGAUAAUCCAAAACCAUGGCCGGCAAACUGGCAGUCGCGGCAGUAAUACGGGUACCGAUAACGGAUUCAAUGGACGAUAUUCAGAUGUUGACGAUGAGGACUUGCCCGACGAGCAACGGCUGGUGAAGAGAGUGUUUGCCUAUACCGACUACGACAACACCGUCAGACCUGUCUACAAUGCUACAGACAACGUGGUGGUGAGGUUCGGGCUCACACUAAUACAGGUCAUGGAUAUGGAUGAGAAGAACCAAGUCAUGGUGAAUAACGUUUGGCUUACCCAUGAAUGGCGAGAUGAGCGGAUCUCGUGGAAUCCGGCCGAUUACAGUGGAUUGGAGAAGAUAAGGAUACCUGCGGCCAAGCUUUGGCUCCCCGAUAUCGUGCUCUAUAACAAUGCGGACGAUUACACGACUGGUUACAUGCCAGCCAACGCCAUGGUCGACUACACGGGAAACAUCUUCUGGUCCCCUCCGGCCCGGCUAAGAUGUUCCUGUAAAGUUGACAUUACCUACUUUCCAUUCGACGUCCAGGGAUGCAAGAUGAAAUUCGGAUCCUGGACCUACGACAAAAGCCAAGUGGACUUGGUAAACUCAUCAGAAGCGGUUGAUAUGGGCGCUUACAUCACUAACGGGGAGUGGAAAAUCGUCGGGACUAAAAUCAUACGGAAUGAAGUCACGUAUCCCAUUGGGAGCGAGAUAUACCCAGAUGUUACUAUCACCAUCGUCAUCAGCCGCCGCGUCCUCUAUUACAUCAUCAAUAUCAUCUUCCCGUGUGUGUGGUUAAAUGUGCUCAGCCUGCUUGCCUUUUGUAUUCCGCCGGACUCCGGCGAGAAGGUGACUCUUGGGAUCACGGUGCUACUCUCCUACUCGGUCUUUAUGCUGCUGGUUGCCGAUAGUAUGCCCGCCACGUCAGAGUUUGUGCCACUGAUAGGUAUAUAUCUGACGGUCUCAAUGGCGGUUACUUCCAUAUCUGUCAUUCUUACAGUCUUCAUAUUAAACCUUCACCACUGUGGACCGCAUCAGAAGAAAGUCCCAAGCUGGCUCCGCAUAUUAGUACUCCAUCACAUCGCAACCGUAUGCGGAUUUAAAUGUUGUCAUCAUACGCCCAAAGAGCGGCGCAAAAUACCUAUCAUAUACGAGACGAACUCUAAUAACCACAGAGCGAAUAACAUCAGAUCAGAACCGUCAGAAGUUUUCACAAAACUUGUUGGGCAUGACCCAACGCAGGGCGUGAAUGCUGUGCGAUUUACUCCUGAAUACAGCUCGCCGCGGAAUUCAACACGAGAUCUGAAAGAUCCGUACGGGGAUGGAUUUGAUGAUGUGGACGAAAAACGACUGACUCCUUUGGAAGAAAUAUUGAAAUAUCUUAGAAUUAUGGUGAUGAAGAAGGACGAGGAUGAUAACGAGGUUGAUAUCGUGAAUGAGUGGCGUCACGUAGCGGCCGUAAUGGACCGGGUGUUUUUCGUUGUAUUCAUGACUCUUAUGACCCUUUCCACCACGACGUUACUUGUAUUCAUCCCUCUCGGUAGGCCUGAUUAUCAUGAGCCAUUAGACCGAUGAUACAGAAAGGAAAACUUAGGAUGUUUAUGCAUUUGUGCCUUGGGAUAAGCGGCCAUGUUUUUUUGGGAGAGAAGAUGGCGUCCUGUGUAACCGCCAUCAUGUGAUCUACUGAUCGAUCGGUACUGCGCGGUGUCAUGUUGCCAAACGGAAUACCAAUUAAUGCAUGAGUGAUGGUUUUAAAAUGGCUCAGCCAUCGAUUUGCCGUGAUAGCCGAUUCUGGAUGAGGGAUUGUCAUUCACUGAUUACUAAUAAUGUAUUCAUGGAUUAAUGCCUAGCUGCAGAGCAUGUCAGAUCGACUGGAUUUAUGAGAGAUUUUUGGCCUAGAAAGCCCCGUUCAGAUCGAAGCAGACCGCAUUUUCGCAAAUUUUAAAAUGGGAGAGCAUGGGAUACGAUUGUUCGUAGUGUCAUUGUAACUGAGAACCACAUGUAAUUGGUCUCCGGGCGGUGCCCAUUGUUACUUUAAAAACGGCCUCACUAUUGCGCCUUGUACUCAAAAGUUCUGAAACACAAUAUAAUGGUUAUGGAUAUGUUCUUCUUUAAAUGUGCACAUUUUCUAUCCACGGCCUGUGGAUAUGUAAUUUAAAUUUCUUCAUCUCGUUGUUGCCGUUUUUUGCCUUUUGUGUCCUUUUUUCAAGGACAAAAAAUCGACUUCACUAGUACGAAGCGUUCACGUUCGAUUCAAUUAAAUUGAUAUGGCAUGCAGUCGUGCUGUUUUUACCGAUUACUGAAAAUAACGAAGAUUGCUCAGACAAUCUACGAUGAAGGCAUCAAGCAGAGCGCUGAGAUUGGACUCUAUUCUCAAGGGAAUUAUUUGAAUGGAGGACACAUGAUGAUAUAGAAAUCCGUUGCAUUGAGCAUUUUUGAAUAGUUUUUACCAAUUAUCUAUUCAAUGCAGCUGUGAAAUAAUUCUAGUUGUAAAUUAACUGUGUCCACGUGAUUUAGGGUAGUUUCGUCUGUCUGUAAAGAUAUUGCGACGAAGUAGCCCAAAUCACAUGACGACAAGACAAACACAGCUGUGGCUGCGGUAGUGCAUACCCCUCCACGAAAUGCAAGGAGGCGUUAAUCAGAACCAGGGAGCAAAACCCAUAUGGGCGAACGGAUACCAACUGCCCGACCACUACCUGCCGCAGCGACGGACGAAAAAGUGGACUAUACGGCGGCGACGCAAUCCAGGCUAUGUUUGAAUGGCGACGAUGGGUAACAGUUACGAUUCAAAAAUGAACAACGACAUUUAGUAAGUUGCCUUGGUAUCGGGCCGACCUUGUGAUCAAUUUUCUACGGUUUGAAAGAAAAGUUAAGGUUAUCGUGAUUUUUAUUAGGGCCACAACGUGCAAUUAGUUGUGACAGCACAGUGAUUUUUGUAAAUACGUAAUACGGUAAACACUUAGAUUACUUUCAAAACGGAGACAAAUCCUCCUGUCUACAUGAAUGUGCACGCGCUGUUUGCCUCGUAUGACCAUUUUUGUAAUCUGCUGCCAACAGCAAAUACAGCAGUCUAAGAGUUACACUGAAAUGAUGAGCUCCAAAAAACUCAUAAGUAAACUUUUUUCAUUAACGGACUGCUUGGCUAGCCCCUCUUACGCUGUAUUCAGUAUAUAUAAAGGGUGUAAAUGGUAGAUAUGUAAAUGAAGUCGAAUUCUUAUCAAUAUUAUUGCUGUAAAUUUGAGGAAUAAA